GUUUAAGAGACACACUAAAGUGCUGUAACAGGAGCGCGGUGGAGAGAAGACAGUUCCAACAGCACUGUAGAUGACAUCAAAGGUGACUACGAUGGAUCAAAGAUGAAGAGAAGCCAGGACUAGAGUCUGCAGCGCUGAAGACGAGUGAUCAAUAAAGGGUGAAAAGAUCUACCUAUAAAGGUCGGUGAGAAACCUUUGAUAGCAAAUACAUAUUUAAUAUCCUGGUUGUGUGAGUGGUAUUAACCAAGACUGUUGUUGCAAAAGUAGCGGUAUUUGAUGCAAACAGAAAACAUACCAGAUUGAGGGACGAAUGUAUGAGAACUUUCAGUCAAGUUAAAGGGAAUGUCUAAUCCAGUAUAUCUGUGAAAAAGAAACUAGUGCUUGAAUCAAGGAAACGGUACACGGUCAAUACGUUACAGCCGUGAGAACAAAAAGAUUAUAGAGGAAACAGCAUCAAGAGAACUGAGCGAAUGAACAAAACAAAGCAGGCACUGACAUAGUCACUCUUGAACAGAUGGAAUCUAAAAUGACCACUCACAGAAACCUGUCCUGAGGAUAAAGGACAAUAAUGUACCUUGUGUUGCGACUCACUCUCAAUGUUUUAGGAUUGAAAGGAUUAUCAUCAGCAUGACAUCAUUCAACUUUGUCGAGCAUCUGAAAGUCACGACCAGUAAACCAUGUGCCAACUUGUGUGGACUUUGUCCAUCCUGCGUCUUUCUGCCCAAACAACCCGAAGACCCCGUGAUUCAGUGGAAGUCUACCGAUAAGUACCAGCGGAUGUUCCUGGUUGAGUUGAUACUGAAAUGUGAAGACAUAAGUGCGCUGCAGCGAAUCCAAACUCUCCUGAGCCCAAUGACAUGGCCAGUGUCUAACUAUGUGAGAUCCACUCCGGUGGCACCACCACCACCUCCACAGCCCGCCUUAGAAAAGGCACCCACCACGGUCAUCAGCAAAAGCGAGAUUUGGGAUUGGUUCAGGAGCAGUUCCAGCUGGGUCCAGUCCCACUACAUCUGUUGUCUUUUGUCAUUUUGCGAUGCGGAGCAACUGCGCAUGUUCGCUAAUCUAGUCAACGUCCAUUUGACCAGACUGAAACAAGGCUUGCGAGCUGACGAUCGUGUUCCACUUGAUGGUGAAAUUAUUGACCCUGUUCUGCUGGUCAUCCCUGGAUCCUCUGAGUCCAUGUCUGGAGUCAGCCUCUACAAGGACUUGAUCACAAACCUGCCUGUUGACCUCGCAAAGCGAAUAUUUGGUCUACGGGACGAUCAUGAUUUGCAAACGUGCCAGAGGAUUGGUUUAGAAGUCUGGAAGCUCCUUGCUAUAGAAGUGGGAGACGAAAAAAAAUUCCGGCGAGGAUUUCAUGAGCAAGUAAAAGCGGUGAUGGAGAGGUACAAAGGGAUCAACUGGGUCAGUCCUACCUUUGCCAGGAUGGUGGAAGUUCUGGUGCCAUGUGGCUUGGAUCAGGAAGGAGAAGAUGCCAGUACAUAUACUCAUGAGAUAAGGUCGUUUGAAAAUGCCUACGCCAACAUGAAAACCAAGGCAGUUCAGAUGGAGGAGCGUAACAUUUACUGCAGCGCCUACUACACCACUGUGGUGCUUGACAAAGAAGACACUCACCGUGUGGUGGACUACAGGGGACAGACCUACAUGGCGUUGGGCUCCAAAGACUGUUCAGUACACCUGCUCUAUGUCGGCACCAAGAGCAAGUUUGUCUCUGCUUUAAAGGGUCAUGUUGGAAGCAUCCGGGCUGUUCUAAUGUGUGAAGAGAAAGGGAUUAUGAUUUCUGGCAGCUGUGAUACCUCCAUCAGAUGUUGGAGUUUGAGGACGGAUCAGUGUGUGAUGGCACUUUACGGUCAUACUGGGAGUGUCAACUGUUUGGACAUCUAUGAAGACAGACUUGUGUCAGGAGCCAAAGAUUGUCAAGUCAAAGUGUGGAAUCUACAAACUGGUAGGAAUUUUUAUGAUAUGAAAUUCAAACACCCUGGUUCUGUCCGCUGCGUGAAGAUCAGUGCGACAACAGUCUUCAGUGCCUGUGAUCGUGGACUUGUCAAAGUGUGGGAUAUGGACUCAGCAUCACUAAUCAGGGUGAUAAACGGGCACAAGAGCUCCGUCAGAUGCCUCUUCUAUGAUGAGUGGCACCUUCUGUCUGGAGACUUCAAUGGUCAGCUGAUGGUGUGGAGCAUCAACUGUGAAGCAAAAGACUGCCUCAUGACCUUCAACCAUCCAAAGGAGGUGAAAGCUGUAAGUCUGACUUACCUCAGAGUCAUCACUGGCUGUGUGGAUGGAAAGAUUCGAGUUUUCAACUUCCUCAAUGGAGACUGCAUCAAGAUCAUCACUGCUGAAGUGGAAUCCAGCCGCAUUCUCUCUGUGCAUUUCAACGAAAGAUGUAUAUUAGUGAACACAGCUUCUCGUGUUCGACUGAUAUUGUUUGGAAAAGUGUUCUGGGACCAUGUCGAUCCUGGAGACAGAGUUAAGAGAGACCAUCAGCCGGUGGAGGAGUCUGUCACAGAGGAGUCGCUUGAUUCUCCUACCGGGACAGAUUUGUCAGUCCAGAAGACGCACACAACACAAGACUGCCGUGAAUCCACAAAGACAAAGUUGAGUGAAAAGGCCUCGUCGAGCAAGAAGGGAAGUGCUCAUCAUCAAACGGAGAGUUCCUCACACCCCCAUGAAAAAAGUGAAGCCAAAGCUGAUGCAUCCAGUAAAUAAGGUGGGGCUGCAGUAAAAAAGUGGCUGCUGAUCCAAGGACGAAGAGACAUAGACCAAGAGGAAGAUGACCAGAAAACAGCGAAAGGACAACACCAACACGCAACAGUCACAGCCUGAGUGACCUCAUCUGCUGCUCUCCCCAAAUCUGAACCUUCAUGAACCCCAUCAUGAGAUGUUUUCUGUCCCCCCACCUGAAGUGGAGCAUCAACAAGUGGCCAAAGCAUAGUGGUCAGAUGGUGGUGUUGCUUGGAGAACAACAAGCUUCCCAUCAAGUGUCUUCAGUGGAACCUGGCUCAACACCU